UAUCUCUAGUGUAGUGCUUGCUUGUUUUAAAGACUAUGAAAACUUGGAUAAAUUUAGGAUUAAUCAAAAAGAGAGUGAAUAAGAACUUAAAAUAUGUUUAUGUUCUUAAGAAAGGAAAACCAAUUAGAAAGAGAUCAUUUUAUAAGAAUCUACAACCAGCAGUUAUAAAAGACUUUUUGAAACGAAAACUUAAGAAUCCUGUGACACAGAAAAUCAAUUUUGUUCACGGAUUAAAUCGGAUUUUGAAUAAGGUUACUAGGUACUGUAAAGAGUUUAUAUUAAGAGAGGUUGUAGAGUACUGUGGGCAAACUAACAACCUUGACCUUCAGCGACUUAAAACUGCGGUUAUCUCACAGACAAUAAACCUAUUCACCUUGAAUGAUACAAUCUAUACAAUCCAUGACAAUGGCAGUACAAAGGAAGAUCUCGAUGACAGAAUUUUCAGUGUUGCACAUUGCUUCAAUGACGCUGAUAUACCAAGAUGUCCGUGUAGAAAUAGAAUUUAUUCUCACUACUACAGAAAGAUGGAACAAUGUCUCACCAAAGACAAUGUUGCCUUCUGUUCCAAAUAUUUAGACAAUUCUCAAAGUCUACGAAACAAAAGAUCAUUUUUUCUGACCCUACAGAAAUGUGUUAAGGCCCUGGCAUAUUAGCAAUAUGAAGCGAUCUAACGGAAGAAGAAAGCAGUCCAAUAAUAGUAGAUGUUUUUUUUUUGUUUCCAUUCACUUUGUUUUAUUAAGUAUAUUUUGUCACUACCAUUAAAGUAGAUUUUUGAUAAUAAUACAUUGAGA